UGUCUCCGUGACAACUUCCGGUAAAAUGGAGCACAAGAUUUAAACUCUCUCCGCUGAGUAACGUCCGUCUGCUCCUGCUUCUCACUGUAACACCAGCAGCGCGUCAGAGGAGAGGAAACGAUGAACGAUGACAACCGCCAGCUGUUUGAGAGAGUCGCGAAGAAGAUGGGCUGGAUGGACAAGGGAGGACUGGACACAGCGGAGAAGAAGCUGAUCAGCUCAAUUGGCAAGACUCGUCUGGGUGCCUUAAAUCAUCAUCGAGCUGUAGAUCGUUCAGCUUCGCCCCUCCAGCUCGGCCUCUCAGGAAGUGAGGAUGAGAAGGAGAAUUAUCGCUCCAAAGGCAACGAUUACAGAAGCAAGUCUUUGACUGAGUCCAGUGACGAUGACUUUGACCAGUUUCUUGUGGGAAGAGCUACACCGAAAGCUAAGCCGACCGCACAGAGAACUGUUGGGGCUGCAAAGAAAGACAAUUCAAAUGUUCUUGUGGUGAGCUCAGACGAUGACGGCAGUUUUGAGACAUUUCUGCAACGAGUGAAAACCCCAAACACCAAGAAAGUGUCAGAGAGUGGAAGUGAAGACAGCCUCAAAAACUUCAUCGUGGAUGAAUGCUCAUCAGACGACGACUUUAUUGAGACAAAACUAUCUUUGAAAGUGCCGAAAAAGAGCCACACUCCAGCACACCAGCCUCCAGUGAGGAGACCACUGUCUCAAUGGGACUCUCCUGUCUUUGUUACCGACAGUGACGACGAUGAUAAUGAUAAUAUCGUGGUCAAAAGCACGUGGAGAAGUCGUCACUCGAAACCCAAACCCCCGGCGGAAACCUACAAGAAUAAUGCUCUGCUGCGUGGUGAAGACGACAGCGCUCCAUCACUGCCUUUGCUCCCCAGAUCGUCUCUUUGUCCUCCCAAAACUCCAACGUCUAUGGCGUCUCCUAAGUUUACGUUUUCAGCACCUUCGAAGCUGGUCGAGUCGGCCAGUUCUGAGGAGGAGUUCACAUCGCUGCUGGAGAGACUGAAAAAGAAAAACAAACUCACUGGCACUUCAUGCUCACCAAAGAUCGGCAAAGAGAACAGUAUGGAGCCUCCUGUGUUUGUUCCUCCAGUAAAGGCACGCACGACACCAGCCUCUAAAUCAUUGGGGGAAACACCUCUGCGUGUGAAAGCACCUGGGAAGUCCACCAUCAUGAAGCCCAUGGUCAGUCAGACAGAACCCAGACACGGCCCCAUUAGCAGGGUAACAUUGUGUAAAACCCCAGGCUGCUUCCUGCAGUCACUUUCAAACCCUGGCUCCAGCUAUGGCCGCGGCUUCAAGCAAAGCAAGGAGGAGCUCACCAGAAAACUUUACCUGCUGUACAAUACCAGUAUAUUCGACAGCAAGCUCCCUGUUGAUAUGUCAGUGACCUGGAAUAAGAAAAUGCGGAAAACAGCUGGUUACUGUAUCACGGGGCAGGAGCGUGGUGGUGGGAACCGCUACGCUCGCAUUGAGCUGUCAGAGAAAGUCUGUGAUUCUGCAGAUCGUCUUAGAGACACACUGGUUCAUGAGAUGUGUCAUGCAGCGACGUGGCUGAUUAAUGGGGUGAGAGAUGGGCAUGGAAGCUUCUGGAAGCUUUACGCGCGCAAGGCCACAUUGGUGCAUCCUGAGCUGCCCAUGGUCACUCGCUGCCACACUUACGACAUCAAGUACAAAUUCCAAUACCAGUGCACCCGCUGCCAGAAUACUAUCGGGCGCCAUUCCAAGUCACUGGACACGCAGAGGUUCGCGUGUGCCCUCUGCACGGGUAAUCUUGUCUUGCUGACUCCCUGCAAGCCGCGAGCUCCAGCGCCUUUCGCCAACUUUGUCAAAGAGAAUUAUGGGACUGUACGACAGGAACUAGCAGGACAAAGCCACGCGGAGGUGAUGCGCAAGCUUAGCGCCGACUUCGCCUCAAAGGCUAAACUCAGUCAAAGCUGAGAUCCUGAAUUUGUCUGUGAGUAACGUUGUGGAUUAAGCUGCACACUCACAGGAAACUUGUUCAGAUUCUCAAAUACCUCAGUCAACUAGUUUUACAACAACGAGCAGCUGUGAUUAUUGAUACUGAAUCUAUUUUUAUACUUUUCCUUUUCGUUUGUGAGUGAUUAUUGACUGAAACGUGAGCAUGUUUGUGUGGGAGUGACUUAGCGUCACAUGUUUUUAAUAUUCUAUCAGUUUGUCAUAUCCGUUAUGAACUCUUUAAAUAAAUUUCAACUCUGAUUGUACAUUAA